AUGACCAUUCAUAUUCCAUUGGGUUCCUUCGCCUCCGACUCUAAUGCAGGACCAUCAACACCGAGCUCGAAACACCUCAUUCGGUCGGAUAACACACAUGAGGAUCUGGAGGAUGUUCUGAAUUCAUUGAAAGGGUCUAAGAGGAUAGUAGUCGUUACAGGAGCUGGAAUAUCUACUGCAGCUGAUAUACCGGAUUUUCGAUCUUCCACUGGCUUGUUUAAUGAUAAUGUAUCAAAAGGCAAGGGCAAAGGGAAGGCGAGAGAUUUGUUCCAUGUACAUUGCUUAUCCUCACCUACCCUUCUUCCUGCUCAUCAAGCAAUGAUAACUUCCCUCGCAUCACUUGCAAUAUCCGCUCAACCUACCCCGUUCCACCAUUUCCUCGUUACGUUGGCUGAAUCAGGUAGGUUGUUGAGAUGUUACACUCAAAAUGUAGAUGGAUUAGAAUCAAAAGUAGGAUUGAGGAUUGGUAUACCCCCAUCUCCAACGACUUCUAAAGCGAAGAUUAAAAAGAGGAAACGGCGUACAACAGAUGUUGAUGACAUGAUUGAUCCUUUAUUACUCCUCAACGGUCAAUCACGCUCAGAGGAGGUAGAAUUAGAUUCUCAGAUCAUACCAUUACACGGAACGAUCCAUACUCUCUCCUGCACGCACUGUCACUCAAAAUUCCCAAUCGAACCUUACCUACCUCUUCCCCCUGGUCCAAUUCCAUGUCCGACAUGCGAUCUCACAUCCACCAUCAGAGAGGCAUUAUCCGAACGAUCGAGACGUAAAGGUCAUUUGAGAUCCGACGUCAUUCUCUACGGGGAAGAACAUCCUCAAGGUGAUUUGAUAGGAGGAAUGGUGGAGAGGGAUCUGAAAGUGGUGGAUUGUUUGGUAGUGGUUGGAACGACGAUUGAUAUACCUGGAGUGAAGAGGUUGAUCAAAGAGAUGAGUAAAGCUUUACAAUACCAUCACCAUCAUCGACCAAAAUCAAAAUACGGAAAGAGGGCAGAAGGGGGAAAGGGAAAAGUUAUUUUGAUCAAUGAUAGCUGGCCGAAAGUCGAGGAUGGCUUGGUGGAUUAUUGGAUCCAAAGUGAUAUACAGGAAUUUACGAUUGAUCGUUUGUCCAAGAUCAAUGAUGAAGAGAUACUUGAAAAGGAAGUGAAAGUGCCAUGUACACCGACGAAGAAGGGUGUGGUAUAUUCAUAUUCAUAUCCACCUACACCCGAAUCGAUCGAUAGGCUUCAGCCCAAUCCACACUCAAGGGUCAUUUCGAGUGAUGUAGAGGUCGAGACGCCGACCAAAACGACUACGAAGAAAAGAGGCAGGAAAGAUGUAGAGGUGGUUAUACCUACUCCUGUAUCGACUACGAAGAGGAAAUAUACCAAGAGAAAGAAAGAAAGGGAGAUCACGCCUACUCCUAUAUCCCGAUUAGAUGGAUGA